UGCCAGCCUGCCCGAGGAGUGUGAGGACCAGCGCGCGGCACACCGACCGCACGAUGGCCUCGUCUCAAGGGAAGAACGAGCUGAAAUUCGCCGACUGGAUGGCAACUCUGCCGGAGAGCAUCCACAGCAUACCCCUCACCAAUUUAGCCAUCCCAGGAUCUCAUGACUCCUUCAGCUUCUACAUUGAUGAAGCCUCUCCAGUGGGUCCUGAACAGCCAGAAACUGUCCAGAAUUUUGUCUCUGUAUUUGGAACUGUGGCCAAAAAGCUGAUGCGAAAAUGGCUAGCCACUCAAACCAUGAACUUUACCGGUCAGCUAGGAGCUGGGAUCCGUUACUUUGAUCUUCGAAUUUCCACUAAGCCGAGAGACCCCGACAAUGAACUCUACUUUGCUCACGGUUUGUUCAGUGCCAAAGUCAAUGAAGGUCUUGAGGAGAUCAAUGCAUUCCUCACAGAUCACCAUAAGGAGGUAGUAUUCUUGGACUUCAACCACUUUUAUGGGAUGCAGAAAUAUCACCAUGAAAAACUGGUCCAAAUGCUGAAAGACAUCUAUGGAAAUAAAAUGUGCCCAGCGAUCUUUGCCCAGGAAGUGAGUCUGAAGUACCUGUGGGAGAAGGACUACCAAGUGCUGGUCUUCUACCACAGUCCAGUGGCUCUGGAAGUGCCCUUUCUCUGGCCUGGGCAGAUGAUGCCAGCACCCUGGGCUAACACCACAGACCCGGAAAAACUGAUCCAGUUUCUCCAGGCGUCCAUCACUGAGAGAAGGAAGAAGGGGUCGUUUUUCAUAUCUCAGGUGGUGCUGACUCCCAAAGCAAGCACCGUGGUCAAAGGGGUGGCCAGUGGUCUCAGAGAAACUAUCACAGAAAGAGCUCUUCCUGCCAUGAUGCAGUGGGUCCGCACACAGAAGCCAGGAGAGAGUGGCAUCAAUAUUGUCACUGCCGACUUUGUAGAACUUGGUGAUUUCAUCAGCACUGUCAUAAAGCUCAACUAUGUCUUUGAUGAAGGGGAAGCCAACACUUGA